GGAAAGUUAUAUCACAAACAAGAUUUGCAAUGCGAGUUGGGUACAGCAUAUCGGUCUACAUUUUGGCGAAAUGGGAGCUGGACGCUUCAAUUGAUUGCUUCCCCGCUAAAAAAUGAUGCUGCUAAAGAUGAUGAAUUAAACGGAGAGCUGUACAAUGCUAUACUGAACGAAGAGGUGGAGAAUGUGAUAAAACUUUGUGAACGUUUUACUGACCAUGCAAUGCACAGACUGAACAUACACAAAGACACGGUGCUCCACGUUGCCACUUACUCGAAACAAACUGACUUGGUACUUGGACUUCUCGAAGCAUUUCCUCACCACCAUAUCCACAAAAUGACCACCAGCAAAAAUGUUUCUGGAAACACUGUCCUUCACGAGGUAGCAACUCUCGACGACGGCUUUGUGGAGGUAGCAACGAAGAUGUUAGAGAAUGCCGAAGGGUUAAGCAUGCGCAACGAGCUUGGAGAAAGUGUACUCUUUCAGGCUGCCCGUUAUGGUAAGAUUAAUAUUUUCAACUUUCUGGCGGAUUAGAAUUUCAGAAUAUGAUGAAGCUGCGCGGAAAUCACUUAUCCAGAGGAAUGACAAGACCACUAUUUCACAUUGACAUCCUUGCUCACCAAUUCGGCUUUGCGAUGGAGAGGGGUACACCAUACAGAUCUAGAUUUCGGUGAAACACAAGCUGGGUUCGUAAUAGACGCUUCAAUUAAUGGCUUCCAUGCUAGAAAAUGAGGAUAAAUUAAAGGGAGAGCUGUACAAUGCUAUACUGAAGGAAGACGUGGAGAAAGUGAUAGAACUUUGUGAACGUUUUGCUGACCAUGCAAUGCACAGACUGACCAUACACGAAGACACGGUGCUCCACGUGGCCACGUACUCGAAACAAACUGGCUUGGUACUUAGACUUCUUGAAGCAUUGCCUCACCACCAUAUCCACAAAAUUACCACCAGCAAAAAUGUUUCUGGAAACACUGUCCUCCACGAGGUUGCUACUCUUGACGACUGCUCGGAGGAGGUAGCAACGAAGAUAUUAGAGAAAGCCCCAGAGUUGUUAAGCAUGCGCAACGAGCUUGGAGAAAGCGUACUCUUUCAGUCAGUCCGAUAUGCUAAGAUAAAGAUUUUCAACUUUCUGGCAGAUGAAAUUUCAAAAUAUGAUGAAGAUACGCUGAAAUCACUUAUCCAGAGGAAUGACAAGACCACUAUUCUUCACAUUGCCAUCCUUGCUCGCCAAUUCGGUUUGGCUCUGAAUAUAGCAACACGGUUCCGACAUAUAAUUGGUGAAGCAGACCAAGAUGAGAUGACCGCUCUUCAGCUUCUGUCUUGCAUCCCCUCUGCUUUUGAACCCGUGCGCAGAAGUGGAUCCCAUGUGAGAAAUUUCAGCAAUGUUCCGGAGAGCCGUGAAUCCGCGUUGGACCUAGCCGAACUCUUAGUAGAAGAAGAUACCUCGUGGAAGUGUACUAGCUCUAAUAUGGACUUGAGUAAGCCAACGCCGCACAUAUAUGGUAGUCGCUCAACUCUCUCUAAUGCUUCAUGUGCUGAUGAGAAAAAAGUUCCGGAGAGCCAAGAAUUCGUGUCGGAGGUAGCCAAACUCUCAGCAAAAGAUGGUAGUUCUAAUGUGAACCUAAGUAAGUCAAAGCUGCCAAAAUACGGUAGUUGCUCUGGUGUUUUGUCUACUGAUGAGACGGGAGGUAGUUCUUGGCAACCAUUGAAACAAGGAGGAGUUACACCGUUGUUUCUAGCUACUAAGUCAGGCUGCGUAGAGAUCGUUAAAGAAAUACUCAAAAUAUACCCUCAGGCAGUAGAGCACAUAGAUGAUGAAGGGCAGUGCAUAUUGCAUGUAGCAAUCAAGUACCGCCAGUUGGAGGUAUUCGAGCAUGUGUCUAAAAUGGAAGUACCGAUGAGGUGGUUGGUACGAAGGCUUGACAACAAUGGGAACACUAUUUUACAUAUGGUUGGAAUGCCAAUACAUGAUUAUGUACCUGAAAAGAUGUUGGGCCCUGCACUUCAAUUGCAAGAGGAGCUGCUCUGGUUUGAGCGUGUAAAGUCAGUUACAAAAGAAGCUUUCGUUUGUCAUCAGAACAAUAUGAAAGAGACAGCUGAAGCAUUAUUUGCUACUACGAAAUCCAAACUCCGGAAUUCGGCCAGAGAUUGGCUAAUUCGCACAUCAGAAGGAUGCUCCAUUGUGGCAGUUCUCAUCGCGACAGUUGCCUUUACAGCAGCCUAUACAAUACCAGGAGGUCCUGAUCAAAAAACUGGUUUUCCAGUCCUUCUCUAUCACCCUUUCUUUGUGGUCUCCACAGCAAGUGAUGUACUCUCACUUGCAUGUGCUUUGACAUCAGUGGUUAUGUUUCUUUCAAUCCUCACAGCACCAUUUCGAUUGGAAGACUUCAAGCAUUCGCUUCCCAACAAGCUCAUGCUAGGCUUCACAUUUCUGUUUUUCUCCGUUGUAAUGAUGAUGAUAUCAUUUUCUGCAACAAUCAUCCUCAUGGUACAUGGUAGUGAAAGGUGGACAAAAAUUCUCCUCUAUUCCCUUUCUUUCCUUCCAAUUAGCAUCUUUGCACUAGCAUAUUUCCCUCUUUAUCUUUCUGUGACAAAAACUCACAAGCACUUGCUCAAGAAGAUAAAAGAGGCAUAUCCUUGCCGUUGUUGGUUUCCUACUCUGUCUAGGGACACCUAUUUCUUCCACAGCAAUCGAGCCGAAAUUCACCGUUCCUCCAUUCGCCUUCAAGGUGGGAGCAAUAAUAAUUCCAGUCGUGACAACCCAGAGGGAGAACACUUUGGUUCCCAGGAUACAUCACAGACCAAGCUAUUUUCCGUUUAAGAAAGCCAAAUUAUUGCACUUAUGAAAAGCAGUCUUCUGUCAUGAUAUGUGUAGGAAUUCUUCAUGGGAACUAGAGAGACAAA